GGUCACGUGUCCUCGUUUCCUGCUCCGUCCAGCCGGUUUCCGUUGGGUGCCUCUGUCUCUGUAGAGUGGGGAUUAUAUUAUUCACAAUUAAAUACGCAUUCAAAAAAAAAAAAUUAGAAUAAACCAAAACAAGCACCAUGUCAAUCUUCCCAGAGCUUUACUUCAACGUGGAUAACGGCUACUUGGAAGGGCUGGUCCGGGGUUUCAAAGCAGGAAUUCUGUCUCAGGGAGAUUAUCUGAAUCUCGUUCAGUGUGAGUCACUGGAAGACCUGAAGCUGCAUCUACAAAGCACAGAUUAUGGGAAUUUUUUGGCAAACGAGGCCUCUCCUCUCACCGUGUCUGUCAUUGAUGACAAGCUGAAGGAGAAGAUGGUGGUGGAGUUUCGCCACAUGAGGAACCAGUCCUACGAGCCACUGGCCAGCUUCCUUGAUUUUAUUACGUACAGUUACAUGAUCGACAAUGUUAUCCUUUUAAUUACCGGCACAUUGCAUCAACGAUCCAUCUCGGAGCUGGUUCCAAAGUGCCACCCCUUGGGAAGCUUUGAGCAGAUGGAGGCUGUGAAUAUUGCCCAGACACCAGAAGAGCUCUAUAAUGCUAUCUUGGUAGAUACUCCCCUAGCUGCGUUUUUCCAGGACUGUAUAUCUGAGCAGGAUCUUGAUGAAAUGAACAUUGAAAUUAUUAGAAAUACACUGUACAAAGCAUACUUGGAGUCUUUCUACAAGUUCUGUUAUACAUUGGGAGGUACAACCACAGACACCAUGUGUCCUAUUCUUGAAUUUGAAGCGGACAGAAGAGCUUUCAUCAUCACCAUAAAUUCUUUUGGAACUGAGCUGUCAAAAGAAGACCGAGCUAAACUCUUUCCUCAUUGUGGCAAGCUGUACCCAGAAGGGCUAGCACAGUUGGCAAGGGCAGACGACUACGAGCAAGUCAAAGCGGUGGCAGACUACUAUCCAGAAUAUAAACUCCUUUUUGAAGGAGCUGGAAGCAAUCCUGGAGACAAAACCCUGGAGGACAGGUUCUUUGAACACGAGGUGAAGCUGAACAAGCUGGCGUUUCUGAACCAGUUUCACUUCAGUGUGUUUUACGCUUAUGUGAAACUGAAGGAGCAGGAGUGCAGGAACAUCGUGUGGAUAGCAGAAUGCAUCGCUCAAAGACACCGAGCCAAGAUCGACAACUACAUUCCUAUCUUCUAAAUCUCCAGUCCUGCAGCCCUGGAUUAAAUAGAUGGUACUUGUACUGUACUGAUCAGAGAUUGUAUGGACAAAAACAAACAAAAAAAGAAUCGUAGUGAUGUCUCACCAUUUAAAAACAAAAAAACAAAACACAUUUUGACUUGUAGUUAUUUAUAUCUGCUGUUUGUGUUUUGAUUUGAUUGAACACUAAGUGUACAGUAGAGUGAUUAUGUUUCUAUACAGCCAGCAGUAACACAGCUCUCACAUUUGUUCUGUAUCUGCAGAAAAGCAUGUGUUUUCAACAAGUAACUUAUAAGGGAAGGUAUUGCUUGAUACAGUUUCUGCUUCUAUUAACAUUUGCUGCAUUUUAUUUCAGUAUUACUUAAGUAAUCCACAAAAAUAAUCCCAUUAAAUGUUUUUUUUUUAUUACUUUUUGCCCGUAAAGGAACAGGCUGGUGGAAAGUUAAUGUUUAGGACUGUACAACACCAGUGUUUUGGUGCUGUGCUAGUUAUACUUUAACUUGUGACAAACCCUAAGCUGCUUCAGUUUGAGUUAACUAUUGUUGUGGUUCAUUGUGACUCAAGACUAUUGCAGUACUGGUGUGUUGUUAUGUGUGAAUUAAUCUGGAUCAUACUGAGGCUGCGUGAAGGACCCCCUCCUUUUAUUUUCUUCAAAGUCCUGUCAAAUCCUUGUAUCACGACAAGGUAGUCUGAUAUUAAGUGCAGAUGUUCUGCACAUGGGCCUGGCAGAAUACUGAAUUUGAAUUAUUCAUAGUUGUGUCCUGCAUAUUACAAUUGGAACAUUAACCCGAAGAGAACAAGGACGUUUUAUUUUUCAUGUUGUCUAGAUAACCUAUGCAAGUAUUACAUUAAGGGCCAUGCUCGUAAAUCAUUAAUAUGACUUUUACAUUUACAACCGUAACUAAUGCUUUAUGAAUAUGGACAUUGGCGCAUGUUUUUGAUUCAUGAAUCAGAACAGUAAGAGAGGUUUAAUAAUUUUCAAUGCAGUAAACUUCCAGUUGAAGCUGAAUAGAGAAAGGUAUUUACCAGCUGCUGUGGUUGGAGCUUACUGUUUCUGCAUGUGGUAUUUAGAUGUUAUGUCAGCAUCUGCUGCAAACUGUUUACAGACACAGUUAUUACUGUUUUCUCCCUGUCAUGUCUAUGGCACAUUUUCCAUUCCUAAACAUGCAUUCUUAUUUAGAGCAUCUUUCUGAACAGUGGUAGAUUUUUUUUUGUUUGUUAUUUUAAGAUGUGAUUGCCAUCAGUGUCAAUCUCAAGCUUUUAUUUAGAUUUCAUAAUCUCAAAAUCUUGCUUAAUCUAAGUGGAGGAGAGAGAGAGAGAGAGAGAAAUUAAGGAUACUUUGACCUUAAUUCGGCAGGAAUCCAGUUAGAAUUGAUCUUCAUAAUAUUGAUCCUUUAAAGCAACUUCUUGAAAAGGUAUGGCAGAUAGGUUUUAUUUUUUUAUUUCAGUUUUUUUUACAGUUAUAGUGCGUGCUGCAUGGUAUCUUUAGUCUGUGUUUGGUGAAGCAGCAGGAAAUAUAUUUAAAUGUUAGUAAACGUUCAUAUAUUACAAAAAAAACCCCGAAGAAAUGACAUUAUUUUAAUGAGAAAGUAUGAUAAGUGAGUGUUGCUCAAGCUGUUUUAUUGGGAACAAAAGUUUGUUUUUGUUGAUGCAGUUUAAAUGGAAUGGUCUCAUUCUUAAUGCUCUGCAUUGCGUGGUGUCAUAACUAUACAUGGGGUAAACUGUAGAACUUGUGUAGUAGUGACGUGUCGAUGGCUUUGUGUUGUGUGCGUUCCUUUCUCUUGUAAAGCUGUAGAUCCCACUGGAGAAUAAAUGAAUAAUAACAGAAUUUUAAUUAUUUAAUGGAAUUGAUCUAAAUGAUCUUGUAUUAUUAUGAUAAAUGUGUAAUGCUUAUAAAGCUCUGUGUCUGAUACUUUAUAAGAACUUCCCUGUGGUGUAUAUAUUCAAUUUACUGACUUGCAUCAAAGACUAGUGAUGGGUGAUUUUGUUCUUAUUUCCUAUUUUUGUGAAUGUUAUUUCUCCCAAAUGUGGCAAUAAAUAAAUAUUUAUCUACAGUAAAA